AUGAAAACACGGAGGGAACUGUUGUUUUGUUCUCUCUUUUAUAUGUCCAUUUCUCCACUGUUAGCUCGUGAUUUGAAAGGGCAUUUAGAGCCAUUGUUCUCUCAUGGUAAGAGAUUAGAAGUUGAAGUGUACGAGGGAUUUCCAACACCCGAGGAAUUCUACAAGAAGUUCGUCAUCAUGCCGAAGCCCGUUCUCUUUCGUGGCGGGGCUAUGUUGUCUCCUGCCUACAGACUAUGGAAUGAGGAGUAUUUUCUUUCUUUCCCUGAAAGUGAGGAGCAUUUAGUGGUAGUUGAGGCAGAAAAAAAGGAAAAUCGCACAACCCCAGGAGAAGAGGUUUUUUUUGCAAAGUUUGUUCGAGAUUUGCAUUCUUCUGGACAGUACAUGGUCAGUUCAGUACCACAGUUUCUCAGGUAGGACUUUACUUCCGGUUUAAGCUAAUAUACUUUGUUUUCAUCGUUAAAUGAGUGGUAGCUGCAGAAGAACAUCAGUUGUAAAAAUUACUUGAAACCUCUCUUUCUUUCCUGGAUAAAUAUGUACAAUCUGAGAUAUGUCAUUACACUAUAGCUAUUCAAUUUUGGUACCUAAUUUCGCGGGUACUUAAUUUAACUUAAUGCCUGGGGUGGAGGGGGGGGGGCGGGUACUUCCCUACAAGAGAGGGUAAUAGGGAUGUGCCGCUGGAUGAGGUCGCAUUUUCACGACUGGAUUGACUAUAAUGGGGUUGCAUUUUCAAUAGAGUUACUAUAGUGGGGUCGCACAUUUUCGGAUUAUUUACGGUUAGCAAACGUACCAUGAUGUUUGUGCUGUAGGUGAAAAGUUAAGUGUUCUUCAUUCAAUUUAAGACUGAAUGUGUCAUUUCCUUUUAGGAUGACCUAUUUAAAGGAUUGAUAAGGUAGAUACAUAAACAGAAAGUGACUUAACUUGGGAUCGCAAAAGUUACAUUUUCCCAAAAGUGACUUAAAGAUGGGGUCUAUAAUUGGCCACAGAAUAGACUUUAAUGGGGUAGGGGUUCUGAGAGGCCAGCGGCACAUAUUCGGCAAAAAUUAACCCAAAUACUUCCCCCAGGCCAUGUGUGACAUCUUUGCAAAUUACCAUUUAUUUCACAUAAUAAGGUACAAAAUGGAGCUUACCAAUAAAGCCAGUAAGCAAUUUGUGUAUUUGUCCACACACAUCCUGUAUUUGUUAUUGCUAUUACAUGUUCAUUGCAAUUUGAAUUUCAAGAUGGGUAUUAAAUUUUGCCAGGAUUAAUUUCGCGAGCCUUCAAUUUCACUAUUUUUUUUGCAAUCGCAAAAAACGUAGCCUGCCAUCACAGCCAUUUCUCCUCACUCCUCGUUUGGGACAUUUUGCCAGGAGAGACCCCUGCUCCUCAUCGACAGGAAUUCCAUACUGAUGACGUAAAAUCUGUCCAGAUUCUGGUCAGGAUCUCUGAUUGGUUGACACAGUAGUUACAUUGUUUUAGCCUUGCUUAUGAAUGACAGACAAAAGACAAAAGGCCACAAAGGUCAGAUGUAAACAGGAUAAAUCUAUGACAAAAAACAGUCAAUGUUCAUGGAAUAUACUCUUCUAUAAAAGAAGCAUUUGAGUUUUGCUGAAGCCUAUUCGCAGAUAAACACAAACGUUUACCACAAUUGACCAGGAGAAACAUAAAAUCGAGCAAAUUUGAAUUUGGAACCCCAUGACUACCAAUUUACAUCAUCAGUAUGGAAUUUCUGUUGCUGAGUAUACGAAAAACACAAAAUUAAGUACCAAUGAGGUAUUUGGUUUUGAUUACGAUCUUUUUUAGACAAGAUGUCUAUCUUCCAGUUCCAAUUUCUUGCCCAAAUAUAAUUCAAGGAAACCUUGUACAAGAUGUAAGUAUGAUUAAAAAGCUAGUCUAACUAGAACUCCUAAACCUAGACUGGUGGGGAUAGGAACUGGAUGCAUGACCAUCCCUCCAGGGAGAUGACCUGCAGUUUUCUAAUACAACUGGUAUUCUGCAACAAAACAAACUAUAUGGUUUAUUGGUGUUGAAGUAGACGACUGCACCCUUUCCUAAUAAAAAUCCUGGAUCCGCCCCUUGUAAGGGACUUUACUCUAUGAGGGUGACACGUAACAGUAACUGAACAUUACUGAUCAACUUGUGGCCCUCUCAAAAUAUAAAAAUACAAUUUAUAAAAACUACAUUAGCAAUAAAUUAUUAUUUCCAAUAAAAAUAUUUCUAUUUUUAUUUUUAUUGAAUUAUUGGUAAAAAUUAAAAAUAAAAAACUCUUAAAAACGAAGAGCAUCCAAUAUCCAUCUAUUGUCAUUAAUAAUUUAUAUCAAACAAUCCCUUUGACUUCUGCGAAUUUAAAACUAUUUUCCAUAAUUCAGCCUUAAAGGAUUUCAAAGACAGUUUGUCUUUAGUGAUCGGGGUAGAUUGUUCCAGUCCUUUACAGUUGUUACAGCAAAGGUGUGUCCUCCCUCCGAGAUGUUCCUGUGAAGAGGGCACAAUAUACAACUUCACACUACGAUUUCUCGUGUUUCUUGAGUUUCUCAGGGAAUACCCAUUGCCCCACCAACCUUAUCCCAGGUUUUCCAUCUUGCUACACGCGAGGAGGGGUUAGAUGAAAGACAAAACUGUUGCAGUGAGAUAAAAGACCACUUUGCGACUCUAGCUUCUUGAGUGCUUAGCAAACCUCCCAAGUGCAUCCAUAACUCGAUGGUUGCAUGCUGCACAUUUGCCAUUUCUUAAAUAUACCUGAACGCUUCUAAGUUAUAUAACACGUUUCCCACAUUGGGAAUACCCAUUGCUUCACCAACCUUAUCCCAGGUUUUCCAUCUUCCUACCCACAAGGGAGGGGUUAGAUUAAAGACAGAACUGUUGCAGUGAGAUAAAAGACCACUUUGGGGUAGGGGCAAGGAUGGUUCCUGACUCUUGUUGACUUCCUUUCCCACCUUCUUGGAGGGUUCCUCCCCUCUAGAUUGUCCCAUAUGCCCAUUGCAUGCAGGGUUUCAGCUGGAGUGAUUAUGAGUCCCUAUAAUGGCCAAUACAGGGAGGCUCUGCACUAAAGGGGUACCUUUUCCAACAUGCCUCUGGUGUAUUUAAGCAACAGAACACACUUUCUAUGGGUUUAAGCUUGUAAAUCAUGAGCCUCAGGGAGACUCCUGCACUGUGAAGGAGUGAUGUACAAGCUUUUAGGGUGUUCUCCCAACAUCCCAAGUGGGUUAUCACGCCAGUAAACCCACAGAAAGUGUGCUGUAUUUUUUUUAUAAAAUAACUUCAAGUUUUCUAUGAGUUUACCGGCACAAUAAACAAUAGGUUUUAAUCAAUCAGAAUGCAUGUACUAUCUUAGUUAUUUUACAAAAAAGGGUGGGGAAAUCUGCCAUUUCCAUCUUUAAAAGGACCUAAAAUGGCUAAUGGUUGUAAAAAAGUCAAGAAAAUUUCCUGGUUGUGUGAUUUUUUUUUUCCAUAUUUUUAAAGAGAGUAAAUUUACAGCACUUAAAAGGGAUGCAGCUUCUAAACUAGGUAUGUGAAAGUAGUACCAUUUAUCAAUGGAAGGUACACGAAAGGUUCACCCAUUCUGUCAGAAAUGGUAUAUAUUAGGGUAAAGGGCUGGACCUCAGGCGGAGCCUCCCCGUAUAAAACUUUGUUGAGUACGGUAUAUCAGGCAGGAUUAAAGUGUUUGUUACAGACUGUACUCCCCUUCCCAGGUUAUGAGGCCUUAUGGCUGUACUUGAUCUCUUUUAGAUGAUGUGGCUUAGCAGUGGUGGAACCAAGUCUGUCCUUCACAAUGAUCAUGCAGAAAACAUUAUGUGUGUUUUCAAAGGAACCAAGGAGUUUUUCUUGAUAGACGAAAAAUACCAGGAUUUGGUAAAAAGUAGUUCUUUAUUACUUUAAUAGUGUAGUUGUAUAACUCAUAUGGUUUGAAGUAGGUGAAAUGUGAUAGUUCAGGUUAAUGUUGCAUAAUGAGCCUUGUGCUCUUAGCAACCAAAAAAACCCUUGGUAUCCAGCUGAGCUGAUCAGGGACUUUUAGACUUCAAUCUCUGCUGGAUACCCAGUAGCUUGCAAAAUUCAUACAGUUUUCCAUUAUUGAACAACUACCUUUAUUUUGACGGGCUCAAAAUGCAAAACGUGUUAUAUAUCAUCACCAGAAAGAAUAUACAGGGGCACCCAACGUCAAUUUUCGGAAAAUAUCUGUUCGGAAGACGAUUUGAGAUCUAGAAUUUUCGGAACAUUUUUUGUAAAAUAUCUUGCUUGCCUACCUCUCCUAGGAUUUUCGAACAUCUAAAAAUUUGUGUAAUUGCCAAUUUUUAACGGAUUUUUACCCUAAAAAGCUCACCUAGAAUUUUCGGAGCCUUUUUACUGGCUGAAAUUUUCGAAAAGAUAAGUUUUGAUCCCUAUGAUUUUCGGAUCUCGAGACUUUCAGCUAGGAAAUCCAACCAGAUGAAAAAUUUUUAGGGGAUAAAAAUAUGCCUAUAUCUACCGUUUAAAUACUAAAAUACGUUUGACAAUGCUAUGUUUAAGUGGUUUUGAACUAUAUUCUCGUUGGGUGCCCCUGAAUAUAGAACAACUGCUAUAUUGUUAUUUUUUGUGGGCACGAAAUGAUAAAUGUGUAUCCUGGAAGCGUUCAGGCAAAAUAAUGUGAAAGGGCUUACUAUUCUGCGUGGAUUAACCAGAAAGGAUAUAGAACAACUGUCUAAAGGUUUGUUUUAUGGGUCAAAAUGCUAAACGUGUUAUAACCUAGAAACAUUCAGGCAUAUUUAAGGUGGCCCGAACCUAUUUAUUUGCGCGUUGGUUAUGUUUUUAAAUCGGUUUUUCGGUAGAAAUGAUUUAACCGAUUUCUAUGAUUUUUGGCGUCCUUAAUAAAGAAUGGUCGAACUUUAAGAAAAUUUUAUUUAUUUUCUUAUAGGUAUAAAAACGUUUGAGAUAUCGGCAUAUGUUUAAAACCGGAUUUUUACAAAAAAUGGCAAUAAUUUCGAAACCCUAAGACAGAUUUUUCUCUAACUACAGCAAAUAAGCCUCAGCUAGGCUCGAUUUCCGCCGUCUCCCAGGUCCGGUCUUUGAUAGUGCGGGCUCAUUUUCCCGAACAGCGGCUGGUAAUCGAGCCUAAGCCUCAGCGCUCUCUAGUUUUAUAUCUGCAACAGGAGGGAGUCAUAAACUUAGGCCUGGGCACUAGAGCAGAUAUUGGCGAAUGAAAAUCCGAUGUGUCUGGCCAUCGUGACGUCACGUUCAAGCCGGCCGGAAAAGGUUUGAAAGACGGUAAACAAAGUGAUUGUCGAGAAAAGUUCACGGUCCAAUUUCUCAGUAACAGUAGAGCAAAUCAUUUAAACAACUAAAGCGAAGCUGUAGAUGUUAUCAUAUAAAGUAUCAAUAACGCAAUUCUAACCUGAAAACAAAAAACAGACUGGCGACAAGACUCAAAAGUGUUGACAAACGCUCCUACAGAUCGAUAAAAAUCAUCACCAAGAUCAUCUUUAAUGGCCUGUAACUCUGAAACCCCACAACACUGCGUUUGGAGACAAAAACAUAACUUACAUAGGUCAAAACUCUUUCUCAUUUUUGAAAAAUUAAAUCUCAUAACAAUUUCAUAAAAAUGAUCAGUGACUUUAAACACUACUUUCCGCAGGUACCUUGCGAGUCAGCCGCGAAGUAAAACCAGUUAAUCCAACAAUAAAGCUCUCGAAUUGAAACAAGUAAUACGAUUAAUUCGAGAGUAUCUUUUUAUGUCAAUGUUUGAACUUGAGAAGUGCUUGAAUACAGUUCAAGUGUACAAAAUUGCCUAGGAAAUAUGGUUACACCCAUACUCCGUUUAUAGCCAGUUGGGCUGACGCAAGAUUCUACAGGAGCCUUCCACUGAAAACAAUACCUUCAAGAAAAAGUCAGAAUCAAAACAAUGGCUUUUAUAAACAGGUGGUAAAUAUCUCAGAAUUGGGAACGGAACGCUUAGGCUAGUGACUCGGCGAUUUAAACAUUUUUACUUCGAACCUGGACAGCGACAUUGAAGCUUAUCUGAUAACGGCUUACGACUUGAAGAGAGAGUUCCUGAAGGUACCAAAUCGCUUUUUAAUGAGAAGACAAAUAUUCUGUCAAGGUUCAGCUAUACCGUUCAAUCUUCCCCCAAAAAAGUGGUAACCAGGACGCCUUUUAAAUUGGUCAAUAAACGCUCGAAAAUUCUGGAGUAACUGUUUCCAUGGGGGUCCGCAUAUUCCAACCAGCAGUGCAGAUUCAAGCAUUUCACCCACCUAAACUACACUGUACAUGCUUCGAUUGCCGAAGCUAUUCGGGUGUAAGUUUUUUGUGGGUAAAUAAUAGUUGCUCCAUUUGCUCCUCAGAGGUAAGUAUAAGGAAACUAUUUCCCAAGUCUGUUGUUCUGUGGGAGUAUAUCUACCACACUUGAAAUUAUGCUUCUAGAGCUGAUACCCAAGUAUCUCAGCAACAAAAUACUUAUAGUGUAAAUCUUUUAUUGACACUUUUUUUUACUUUCCAUGGAAGUAUGCAAGAUAAUCUUACUAAAUAAAAGAAAAAGUCAGGAAAAGUGUCUAGACAGAUCAUAUUACUGAAGACAGUACAUGAAGCACUGGGCAAAGAGAAAAAUAAUCAAACUAACCAAAACAUUUUGGGUUGUAGUUUCACAUCACUAAAAAAUACAACUGGAAAUCUGUCUGUAUUCUCAGGCUAAAGCUUCCAGUAAUGAAUUGAUUCAAAGGCUAUGCCUGUUAAAACACAUUCUUCAUUAUUUUUCUUCUAAAAUCCUGUCUGUGAGCAGUUACACGAAAAUAAUUUCUUGGUAUAAAUCCUCACAUUGUCAAUAACCAAAAAAAAGAACAAGUAGAUGAUCAGUAAUGUUAUGUUCUGGAGUGACCAUAGAUGUUUUGAUCAAACGGUGAUGUAGAGGCCAAGAGAAUCAGUAAUAAUGAGAGGCCUGCCAGUCUACUCUCUAAUUCAGUUUACAUGUGAGCCAUGUAAGCCUGGAAACGUCUUGGUCUAAGUAGUGUUAAUCCUGUAGGAAAAAACAGAAAAUGAUUAGCAUUACCAUAUUAUUUACACCACCAUAGUUAGUAGACACUAUGAUACUACUGAAAACCUGUUUAAGAUUUGUAUACUGUUUUAUAUAGUUAGAUAGACUGAUUAGUUACUCUUGGUGACACAAAGUAAGCGAGUAAAGGGUGCAGUGUCUACAUGCAUCAGUCAAUUGAAACCCUUCUCCUCCCCCCCUCUAAACCUCUGGGGCAUAGCGGGGAUUUAAUGCAGCCAAUGCCAAGCUAAUUCCAGGGUGUAACACAUAUUUAACAACAUGCUGGCCCUGGGUGCAGUGGAAUUAACAAAAUUCCUGCUUGACCCAGCUCAUGAGCAGGGAUUUAACAGCACAUAGUUUAUACAUUUUUGGAAACGGGAACAGAAGGAGGGAUUUAACAUGAGUGACUUAGGAGAAGCCCCUGUUUCCUCUAGGGGGGGGGGAGGGUUAUGCCGUAGGUAUGUUCCAACUGAACGGCAUGGUUUUCAAGCAGUUUGCUCUGGGAUAGGGUAUAAAGAGAGUUUGGGUUCCAGGACACUGAUUGGUUGAAGAUUUUAGUCUAGACUAAGCAAACUGGGAAUUGUCCCUCAAAAUUAGAAUCAAAAGCAAGGAGUUGCCGUUACUCAACAAAGGAAAACCGAGAAUGAAGUUGUUCGUCAGGGCUAGACAAUUAGCAAAGAAACCAAGUCCCCACUCCUAAAAUGUAAAAGCACACUGCAAAACAAAAGUAAACCUUGGAACAGGUGGAAGCACUGUUAAAAAUAAUUUAUUGUUAACAAGGUUCAGCCAGGGGAUGACAUUUUUCAUGAACUUGAUGCAACGCAGUUGAGAGUUUCUAUCAACAGGUCUAUUGGUUUGAAAAUAAAAUAAAUAGAUACAGAGUACCAGACAGAAGAGAUCGGUUUAAAUCAAGCCAAGAACUACAACUACUAAUUCCCUGCCAUAAGGUGCUUUUAACAAACUACUUGGCCCAGGAAGUGGAAAAAUUGGUGGUGUUUUAACACCAGGCUAUUGUUAAAUUCCCAGGGAUCAGGGGGCCGGGGUUUCAAUUGACUGAUGUAUUAUUCUACCAGAUGUUGAGAGGGUAUUGAAAGUAAACUACAGUGUACAUACAUGUACACUUGCAGGCUUGAUAGUGCAGUCUAAAAUUAUCCUUCAAGGGUGUUACCCCCCUCCCCCACCCCCGGGACUUUCCUAACAUCAGAAGGUGUCCAAAAAAUUUACGAAGGCUGAACAAAUAUUUAGAUUACAUGUUGUAGUGCCUCAAAAAGAGUGAACUUCUCCACGAUCGGGCUUUUACGAGAUUUUAAGAGGUCAUAGUAAUCUUAACAACUCUCAGUAUACUUAUAUACGUCUUACUGAAGAACCGAAAUAACGACAAAACAGCUCAUUUAUAACAAAUUUUCGUAACCAACCUCACUUCAACAAGAUUGCAAAAUUAUAACGGAGGAAAUUGAUUCGAAUAACUACACUGAUCAUUUUUGUGGCUUAUUCCCUGACAUUUAUCAUAUGCUAUAUGGAUUCUGUGAGAUAUAAACUACUUUGGAGCGAAGCUACAAGUCUUCUCAUGCUUUUUAUCCAGAGAAAAACGAGUUUUUGUCGAGCGAAAUUCCUCACCGCACUCACAUAAUUUUCCUAACUUGGAGACUCACCAAAACGCUUCAGCAACCUUUUUUGCCGAAUUUUCACGUAGCAAUCAAAAUACACUUACCUUUUCCGUUGGAAUAUGAGGUAAUGGUAUCCUCGAUGAAAAGGGAAACCACAUUGCUGCUUCAUUCACGGGAAAAAAUAAGCUCAAAGUGUUCACAUAAAAAACAAUAACACCGCCAUUUUCGAAAAUUCUGCUCGUCGCACGCCUCACUUUGGUGUGACGUCACGAUGGCCCGACACAUCGGACAGCCGCGCUGACGAGUUUAUGACUCCCUCCUGAUCUGCAAGUUUGAAAUCAAUCGUGACCGUAGAACUCGCUGCACAAAUAGCUGGUCAAAUUUAACCUUAAGAUGCAACGCUAACACAUUUGUGAAAGUUGACACACAAAUAGCGGAGGACAACUGCCGACGGACUAUCUCCUAUCUGCAAGGGUAUUCAUGCCCAAAGCUACAGUUGCAAGAAACUGAGGAAUCAGCCCGGGGAGGGUACUUCAGGAAUUUCUGGGUGGGGAUGUGCCGCUGGGACCCUGGAACCCUUAACCUAUACCAGAGCUAGUUACGAGCUAGUUCAGCUGAAUUUUGCUACCCUGUACUAGAGUAAACUCCCCUAAUCCCCCCUAUCCUACCACAAUCCCUAGUCUAGAUAAAAUCUUCAACCAACUGAUCAGUUUCCUGAAAAAUAGUACCCUAUUCUAGACCCAAACGCUCUGAUUCAUAUACCGUAUCCUAGAGUAAACUGCUUGAAAACUAUACCCUUCACAGCGGCACAUACCAGUAUAGCCCAUAUAUGGUAGUACCCCUGCCCCCCCGGGGGGAAUCAGAAACCUACGGCGAAUACAGUUCGCAAUACAAGAAGAACAACUUUACGCUGAAUGCGGGGCAAGAUUAAAUAACUUCUAUUUAUCAAAGUUACUGUGUAUUUUCCCUUCAAAGUCAAAUUGAAGUGGCAAAAAUUCGCCGACACAGCGAUCGUGCUUUGAACUACUGUUAUGAAUGAACAGGAACAAAAUAAUAAACAGAGAAGUUAUUUUUUGAAAAAUAUGUUUCGUUUCUCAAAUGAAAUAUGCGUAUUCUCCGACGGUCCUUGGACAAGUCAUGAUCAUGAAUGCGAGGCUAAUGCGGGGAAGUUCUUGGCGAGAACACAAACAAACAUUGGUAAAUUGCGGUUGAGUCGCUGCAAAACGGUAAAAAAUAAGAAAAAACUGCAAGAUUUAAAAGCACACUUACAGACUUGUACUAAGAAACAGAUAUUUACAAUUUGAAUAGUACCUACCCACAAAUAGUUAAACCUAGUCGAGGCAGGUUGGUAUGAUUAAGUUUGACUUAUUACAACUAGGGUUUUUUUGCGCUAUACAUAUUAACUUACAAGGAUUUUAAAUAAGCAGCAGUUAAAGAUUACAAUAAAUAGCAAAUUAAAAUAAUGAUAGCAGGAAUGAAAAACUUGCAAAUAAAAUAGCAUAACAAAAUAAAACAAAAAGCUGAAACCUUACUGGUAAGCUAAAGGGAUAUCUGUUUCAAAAAGCAAAACUGUGCGUGGAAGAACUAGUCAUACUAAAGUAAAGUUAAAAAAGCCACGAAGCCAAAAUGGAAGAAGCGACUGGAAGUAAUGUAGAAUCGAAAAUGGUAAAUUGUGUCAAAACAUCGAUAUUCGAAUCCUUUUAAUUUCUCAUUUCUUAUUAUUCCGUCUUUAUUGCCUUUGAGUUUAUCUGUAAAAUGGAGUUUAAACUGCUCCUUAUAGACCUUGUCACGGUUUUCGACGCCAUCUUGACGAGUAGGCAAACGCGUGGGAAAUUACCGUGUUUGUAUGAGAAUGUAACGUCAAAUAAUUUCCGUAAAACGGCUCUUCUGAAAAAAAAUAUGAUUUGUAAACUAAAGCUUCGCUCCUAAGGAUUCUACUGAAGAAAAUUAAGGGCGUUACAUGCAGUAGAAGACCUAGAACCAUAUUUUUAAAUUUUCUAUACAUUUGUCUGUAAGAAAGUCCUGGGAAAAUUACAGACAAAUAUAUGGAAAAUCUAAAGCAAGGCUCUGGAGAAAUUUAACCACAGGGGUACGCCCCCAAAAUUGUUUAGGACAAUCCUUUGCUUCGUGGCUUUAGUUUUCAAUUGAAGUUUUUUUCAGAACAGCCGUUUAUGGAAAUUAUUCGACAUUAGAUUCUCAUACAAACACUGUAAUUUCUCACACGUUUGCCUUUACUGGUCAAGAUGGCGUCGAAAACCGUGACAAGGUCUAUUAAGGUGACUCGACCCAGUUUUUUUGGGGGGGUACCAUCCUACUUUGAAGCUCUCUGGAAUCCCCACCUUUACUUUUAUCGUAAGUCUAACACAUAGAAUGGAUAACAUAUAGAUCAAUCUACAAUAUAACAUAAAAUUUUUGGCGAUCGGAGUAAAUGUCACGUGGUUAUAAUGCCACGCCCCUUUGAGGUCUGAGUCGAAAAUCGGCUGUUGCCGGCAUUUCUUCGUGAAAAUCUCUCAGUUACACAUAGUGCCCAUUAGUGCCUUGCAAUUUAGGGCUUUGUAAAUGCGCGCGAUUUCGAGCAAAGCAAACAUAUAGAAAUUAUAGUUUUCGCAAUGCUCACCGAGAUAUUCCCGUCACGAGUUGGUUUAAUUAUUGGUUUGCAUUAAACCUAUGAAAAAAUGAUAUUUUUGAAAUAGUAAGUAGAUUAAGUGUGUAGCAUUUCUUGAUUUUUUUGCAAAGACACAAGAAGCACGCGAAUUGAUUAAAAAUUGUGAGUUAAACCUCUAUGUAUCACGCGAUGGCCUGUCUCACUGUACCAAAAUUAUAAUAUCUCGGUGAGCAUUCGGAAGUCAGCCAAGCGUGGUCAUUGCACGCGUGCUGAACAAGAAUGCUGUAUAAUGACAGACUAGAAACAAUAGACGACUCCCAAAGCACAAACUCAGCCAAAACGCUAAAAAUCUUCAAUGUUUACUCAAGUUUGAGCUUAUAGAAGAUAAUGUCACAGUUUUUCAAUGACCAUGAAAUUCAGAGUCCGGGUAGUUAGUUAAUCAAUUGUGGCCCUGAAAAAAUUUGAAGGAAAAAAAACUACGAAUUUUUAAGAAAAUGCUUUUUUCGUGAGAUUGACUCUUAAACGCUGACAAACGUCAACAAAUUGCGAAAACUAUAAUUUCUAUAUGUUUGCUUUGCUCGAAAUCGCGCGCAUUUACAAGGCCCUAAAGCGUUUUGCUGACUUGCAAGGACCCAUCUGUUAUAAGGAUGCCCAAAAUACAGAGAUGAAUCUCAUAGUUUAUUAGAUAUAAUCCGUGUAAAGUUUGCUUAUCAUUUUCGCAUAAAUUAUGACCUAAAUUUGGAAACCGCUGAAUUUCUCGAAUUGGGUCUUUGCGAUUUUGGUGAAACUCUGUUCAGCGCAAGGCACUAAUGCGCACUAUGUGUAGCCGAGAGAUUUUCACGAAAAAAUGCCGGCAACAGCAGAUUUUCGACUCAGACCUCAAAGGGGCGUGGCAUUAUAACCACGUGACAUUUACUCCGAUCGCCAAAAAUUUUAUGUUAUAUUGUAGAUUGAUCUAUAUGUUAUCCAUUCUAUGUGUUAGACUUACGAUAAAAGUAAAGGUGGGGAUACCAGAGAGCUUCAAAGUAGGAUGGUACCCCCCCAAAAAAACUGGGUCGAGUCACCUUAACGUCUGUACAAAAGUCCGAAUUUAAGUAAAGUGUGCAUGUUUUUGUCAUGUUUUUUACUCAGUUGUGAGCAAAUAUGUUGAUAAAUAAAAUAUUAAACCUAAAUUUAUGAAUAAACUUUACUUUUCAAGUCAUCGUCGCGUGUUCAAACUCAUUUCACUUCCUAACAAAAAUGCAAGGAUUGCGUGAAGAACGCUGAGCCCCCUCCCGGUAGCGAACUUACGCAACAGGACGGGAGACGAAAGAAGACGGUAAACGUUGUGUUACAGGCGUGACAAUAAUUUUGUUUGAAACAACUUUUCGCCAAAUUUCUUUUUUCUUUAAACAGAUCUUUUUGUAAAGGACCAGAAAACAUUGGUGUGAAGUGACGAUCACAACAAAACACGCAAGUAAUAGCCCCGUCACCUUUUGCCGUCCUGUUGCGUAAACUUACUGCACCGAACCUACUUGUUCAGUUUAUUUCAAAUACAUAAGAUUUUGUAUCCGCUCCGUUAGGAAACGUCAGCUGCAAACUAAGUGUUUUUACUUUCUUGUAGGCUUUCGACAAGUACGUCCAUUUCAAUAAAUGAUAUCUUUCAAGAAGAAUUAAUAUAAAAAAACAAGAACGCUCUAAAAAGCAUCUAUGUCUCGCUUGCUUGGAGAUUAGAUAAGAUGACAAGACACUCUUAAAAAGUUAACUCGAGGUUAAUAAUAAAAAUGAUAACAACUUUAUUACUUUCCAAAAUUCUGGCUUUUCAAAGUAAGUACAAUAUUCAAUAAAAUAUGUAAAACUAUAAAGCAAUAAGAAAUGAUUAAAAUCAUAUGUAUAUAACAAGAUUUAACAAGAUAUUUACAGUACAUUUACAACAAAGCUUCUAAAAUUCUCUUUGUAAAUGACGCACAAGUUCCUUUUUGAAUGAUGCAAGGUUUGUUAGCUCAGUGAGCCUUUCGGGUAAGGAAUUUCACGGCCGUUCUGUACCCUGGAAUGUCCAUCUUAUUCUUGUUCCGUGUGUCUUUAUUGUAGAUUUCAGACCUCUUUGAACUUUUUAGCAAGAUAGUCAGUGGCCAAUCCCCUUAAACACUUAAAAACCAGUAUGCAAUUCCUGUAGAUAAGCAUGGAUUCGACAGACUACCAUUUCAGUUCUGUAAGAACAGUGGUAAUGUUAUCAAAUUUCUGCGAACGGUUUAAAAUGCUAGCUGCGAAGUUUUUCUCAGCAAUGAAGGGCAGAUCUUUCUUUUGCUAUUUAAAAUAAUGAUUCCUUAAGCUUGUAAGCUCUCCGGAAUUUUCCAACGUUAAACAUUUUCCGUGAUUUCCGACAACUCAGCCGUAGUUUUCCCAUGUUUGUUUGUCUUAUUAAUGAGAACUUCCCCGCAUUAGCCUCGCAUUCAUGCUCAAGACCUACUCGUCCCAGGACCGUCAGGGAAUACGAAUAUUGUCUAUUCCAGCGUCAUCAAAGGUAAUUCAGGCUCACUAUUUGUGUCACGUACGGGUUUCAUGUAUUAUGAGUAGCUAUAAGCAUAUAGAGAACAUAUGGGGCGAAGUUUAGGUCUGGACAUUUGCUAGAAAAUGGAAAUAAAAAUCGAUGAAACUUACCAUGUGGUAAGUUUUUGUUGUCCUUUCGUUUCGGGAAAAAUAGUCUCCUUCAUCUUUCGGACACAGUCACUCGUUAUGCAGGAGAAUCUCUGCGGUAUUUUGUUUCUAUGAAAGCUCAAUCAAAGAAAGCUUAGGCGAAAAUAUUGAGAUCCCAAUUAUAUGCUCUGACGAACUAUAAAUAAGGUUAGAAGACCAUUCCUUUUAAUAGCUACACGCCCCUACAGACAAAGUAAGUUGAUUAUACCCCUAAGAAGAAAGGUACUAACACAGUAUUCCCCCCUCAGAAAUAGCCCAUUUUUUUCUCAUACCCGUUAGUCUGAAAUGUCAUACGUCUCCAUCCCUCAACCCCUGGGGAAGGGGAGGGUGCGAGAAAGUCUCCCUCCCCGGCGCCCCAACCUCGUUCUCGGGGCGCUUUCCCUGGCUCUCCCCCAAAGGGUUAGGGGGUGGAGACGUAUGACAUUUCAAACUACAUACCCUUCAGAAAUUUUCCAAAGAUCAAAGGUGCUGACACAGUCACCCCCCCCCCCUCGGAAAUGACUUUCAAAGCCCCCUUAGAAAAUCUCGACUAUGUGGGGGGGGGGGGGGGGGGGGGGGGGCCCCGCCCCGAAAAGACCGGUAAAAUUGUCCCCCCUCCCUGGAAAAAGUCCCGGCCCAACUAAAGGUUUCCCCAGAAAAAAGGUCCUUUGGCCCGCACUUUGCACGGUCACGGGGGAGGGGGGGGGGGGGGAAGGGAGGGGGCCCUGACCUGAAAGACAUGUUAAAUUGUGCCGCCAUCCUGUAGAAUAUGACCGGCCAACUGAACGUUUCUCCAGACAAAUGGUCAUCUUGGCCAGACAUUGUCCAGUAACUGGCGGUUGUUUUGAGCCCUGUAAAUAAUUUUUCUAAUAUUGCUAAUGUAUAAAAAAUAUAAUACAUCAGUUGUGCCAUAUAAAUUAAUACAAGGUUAGCAAAGAAAUUGAGAAUGGAGAAGGGCACAGUAAAGUAAAACUAAUCAUGGCCCUCUAACAAGGUUGGCUUUUCUCUGGUAUAACUUUCAUUACAACUAAAUAUCUUACACACGAAAGAUGCAGCCAAAAAACACAAAACUACCUGGAUCUUCAAAAGACGCGGCCAUCAUCAUUGCUAACCGCUAACCUCCUUGUUUUUGUAAGCCUCGUACGUAGACGUUCUUAGGGCUUUGUCAUGCCUUCCUUCCCCAUGAUCAUGGGUUGGUGGGGAAGGAACACGUGACAAAGCGCUAAGAACAUCUGCGUUGGAGGCUAUGUUUUUGUAGUAAUAAGAAUUUUUAUAAUACUGAUUGUAGGUAAAUGUGACAGAACGUGGAUAUUCUGAUGUAGACGUUGACAGGUUUGUUUAUUCAUUGUAAGUAGAAAUUUUGUGUCAUUUUAAGCACCCUCCCCGCCUAUAAAACAUUGUACCUAAUUAACUAACAUUUCUUUACUAACUGCUCCAUUUAUGUAGGGUGGACCUGUACAAGUAUCCUGGUCUGUAUGAAAUAGAGCAUCACUUUGCCUUCAUUGAACCUGGUGACUGUCUCUAUGUUCCAUUUCUUUGGUGAGUAUUUUAAUCCAUUUGCAUCUGUGGCACCCUAAACCCUGGGUAAAAUUCAUUGAUCCCUGUACUACUUGUAUUAUUACUAAUAAUUCAGAUGACUAUGAUGCACUAACCUGUGAAGCUCAAAUAAUUCUUCCAAGGCAUAACUAAAAAGGUGUUUUCAUAUAACUGCCCGCAGGUACACGUAGAAAACGUUUAAAGUUGACUGUUAAAGUCCGAUAAAAAAUUUUACUCUUACAGGCCACUCCCACUACUUUUAAAACUCGUUCUUCGCAGAAUUUCUACUAGUAACGCCCUGAGUAAAAGUGAAAAAGUGGCGAAGAGGGGCGAUACAAAAGGAGGAAAAAAGCGAAAAAUAAAUCAAAGUCAAGCUUUCUGCGUGUGCCAAACCCUAAGUAAUUUUUUUACUUUUACUUACCGUUACCACCCCAUUAAGUUAAGUUUUUGAAUUUCAAACAGAAAUUUGAAUAACAUUUUUUCCAGAAAAGGACCAGAACUUUUAAAAGAUCGUUCUUUCGCGCUGGAAAACUUUCCGCUUCUAAGAACCGAGUAGAAUAUCCAAAUUUGUCAACGAUCUUUUUUUUGUAGGGUUCACCACGUGCGAUCUUAUGGCCUGAACAUAGCUGUGAAUAUCUGGUGGAGGCGUGCGGUGGAGAAUGGUUUCAGUGGCUGUGGGGAUACAGAAUCUAGGAGAACUAUUCAGGGCCUGACAUUUAUUGGGUUUAAUGCUCUUUACGAUGCCCAAAAGAAAAUGAUAAAGUAAGAACUAACUGUACUUGGUUACUGGCUUGUUACAAUAGUAAUUUAUAGUUUUUGGGUGCGAAAGGACAUUCAUAUUUUUAUGUCUCUAUUCUAUUUGGGACACUUAACAUUUCAGCUUUUCUAACAACAGGCUGUCACACUUUGCAGCAUAUAGGUCUUUUACUUUAGUCUUGUCCCACUUUUAGACUUUCUUUUUCUUAUUUUCCAAGAAACCGUUUGGUGAAGGAGGUUAUAUCUAGCAGUGGCAAUCUUUCUUUUGGACAACUUACAGAGUUCUUUCAAAAGGUAACCUUCUAAAUAGUUAGGCGUGCGAUGAUUCGUUACUCGCAUGCUUUGAUCCAUGAUAGAGCUCCGUGGCUGAUUGAUAACCACUGUUCUCCGGGAUUUGUUCAGACCUGUCCGGCUGUGAUUACCUGCAAUUGUAGUAAUUAACACGAACGCCCUUGACCUUGGGCGGAAAUGUUUGUUUUAACUCAGUGCAGUGGCUAUACUAUUUUGUCAAUCUCGGGUAACCUUCAGUCUUGUUUGUAACCCGUAGCCUUGAGAGGCCAUGAAAGGCGGCUGUAUUCGUAGUUACCAGCACGCAAAAAACGUACAAAAAACGCGUGCUAGCCUGCCCCAUAGCUUGCGUUGCGGCAACUUUGGCGCUCUGCUCGCGCAUAGAAACGCGUUUUACAAAAAACAUGCGCCAGUUAUUUAAACGGAGUUUAGCCAUUUUAACAAAACCGCGUUCUGAGUCAUUUUCAGUUUGCCCAACGCUUUUAUCUAAACACCAUUUGUCUUUGACAGUUUCAUUAAAGCAUAUAGAGUGAACAAGAAAAGCAUUUAUCUUCUUAAAUUGUCCCACUAAGGAAGAGAUCUAGAGGUCUAAGUUAGACUUUGUUUAAAUAACCGACCCAUAAAGUUUUGUUAUUUACGGUCUCGUGGUUUAGAUUGUGUUUAAUUUACAACUAGCAUCGGGACGCCGCCAUGUCAAAGUUUCUUUGAACUAGCUCCUUUAUUUAAAGCAACAAAGAUUUUGACAAUCAGCAAGAGCCUAAAAUCCUUUUACAUGAUUGAAUAGCCUGUUAGUGUAACAGGCUAUCAUGAAGGGUAUAGGAUGAUGAAGAACCUUAGUUGAAGGCGAGCUGAGCAGACGGUUAGCUUAUUCACAACAGGCUAACAGAGAGCUUAAGCAACGACGACGGCGACGUCAACGAGAACGGCAAAAAAGCAAUAGGGUUAGAUUGGUAAAACAACGACUCUGCAAGUGCAUCACACUUUUUUGUACAUUUCUUUGCCGUCACUGUACGAGUACAACGUGAAAAUGCCUAAUUUCACGUUUUUGUGGAGGACGUGAACACAAGACAAUGACUUCCUUUUUCUUUCCCUGAACUUCGAUACAGUCUUUUAGAAUUCAACUCCAGUAAAAAUUGCCAAUAUUUGACAAAUUGAACGAGAUGGAAUAAACGCGAUAAAGUUUGAAGCAGCGCGACUUCACUUUUUAAGUGACGUUUUUGUAACCGUCACCGUCGUUAUUGCUAAGCUCUUUAAUAUCUUUUUUUCUGUCGACUGUUCAAUGUUUGCAGCCCGAUGUGUUUGGCCCCGACGUUAUGUGGACUGAAGACAUGUCAAAUGUUGUCAAAAAGGUAACUUCGUCUCAAACCAAAUUUUUCUGGGAAGCUUUCUCCGGGAUGAGUUCAUGUUGCUUUUAGUUCAUAGCCGAAUGUGACCGGCGUUGAAGCUCUUUUUGCAGACAAGUAAUGUGUUUGUUUUGUAAGCUUUAUUGGAUAAUAGUAAUAAAUGAUAAUAAUGAGUCUUUAUUUCACCAAAAGAUAAAACCACAUAUCUUAUGUUACCAUAAGAGAAGGUAAAAACUAUGAUAAAAAUAUCUACGUUAUAUGUAUAUAUUAAAAAAGUGUAUCAUUACAAUAAAUGGAGCUUAAAAAUCAACCUAUUUACAAACGUGUUCAUAAAACGCUCUGUAUUAAUUUUUGGGCGUACGCAGCCUUUUUUCCUAAGAUUAUGUACAUACGUCUUCUGGACAGGAAUGAUAUCUUUUAGUGGGUGGCAAUCCGUUGAUAUUAAUUUCUUUAAAAUGUUUUGGUCUUGUUUAUUUAAAAGAUUCUUGAUAAAAACUGGAAAUGAAAUAAAAGGUCGUUUAUGGCAUCGGUCUAAAAAAUUUUGGAUAACCGUAAGAUCGGAUUCCGAUGCCCCAUAGACUGAAAGCGCAUAGCUAAAAUUAGGUAAAACAAUAGAUAUAAAAAGGUGAUCUAUCUCUGCCUGAGAGUAGUGUUCCUUUCUUAGUGUUCGUAGGACGUGUAAACACUUGUUUGCUUUGACAAGCUUGGUUCUAACAUGCUCAUUGAAUUUCCCGUCACUCUGUAGAGUUACUCCUAGUAAAACGAAGCUAUUACAUUGAGGAAUAUUGUUAAUUGGAGAGUAGAUUACAUUGUGAUUUUUCUUUCUAACAACCAACUCUUUACAUUUACUAGGGUUGAAGACCAUUUUAUUGUCUUUGCACCAGGUUAAGAGCUGUCCUACUAAGUCGGCAGACGGGUCACGGUUCCUAGCGAUAGGCGAAACUAUAGUGGAAUCAUCGGCGUAUUUAAAAAGAACAGGGCAACCAUUAAAGAAAAUCUCCAAGUCAUUCAAAAAUAUAUUAAAAAGAUACGGUCCGCUUACACUACCUUGUGUGGUUCCUCUAUUGACAGAUUUCCAAUGUCCUAAAAAAUUUUAGCUAACAACACGUUGUUGUCUUGCAUAGAGGAAACUCUGAUACCAAUUGAUAAUGUACGGAUUUAGGGGUAGCUGUUUCAGUUUGGCAGACAAAAUAGUAUGGUUCAGAAAAUCGAAGGCCUUACUGAAGUCCAUAGUAAAAAUUCGCACUGCGCUACAGCCACUACUGUACCACUAAUGGAUGCCAUUGACGGUUUUAUUUUUCUUUGUUUUUAAUCAUAAGAUGUUUAUUUUGAUGGACCAGUCAGCGGACGAAAUAAUAACACGUGAUGAGCUGGACCAGCUGCAAGGAGAGGUAUCAUGACUGUUGUUUCAUGUAGGAGCAAUCAACCUUGCCUUUCCCAGGGUCCUUUUCGUUAUCUAUUCAACGACUCGAGCAGGGACCGCGGAGGGGGAGGGGCUGGUAGGGCCGCGGCCCCACCACUUUUUUGCGCUCCCGCCCCCACUUUUUGCGCUAAAAAGAAAAAUAAUUAAAAUUAAAAAAAAGACUUGAAACAAGUUUUUUCCGUCUAUAUUCCGCUAUAUUCUCUGUAUUUUCUUUAAUUUCAAACGCCAGGCAUUUUGUGGGGCUCCUGUGCUUUUCGCGGUAAUUGUGCCCUGGGGCCGACUUGCCCCUUGAUCAAACGCCAUGCCUUGGCAAUUGCCUUGGCCACCCCUUCGAUUCGUUCGGCAGCGUGUUUUGUACUUCCAGCUCCGCCAGAGUUUUUUAUCAGCUUUAUCAGACAAAAUGAAGAUUAUUACUAGCUUUUUCAAGCCAAAGAAAGGUGAGUAGUUGUUUUGAGUUGAUAAAAGUUUUAUGUUUUGUCUUUCUCCUUUCGAAUCAAUGAAAUAUUCGAUGGCAAGAAGAAUUACAUUACUUGAACAGUGAACGGCCAUAGGGCUAUUGCAUUUAAAAUCCGUACCCCCCCGGUUGAGGACUUACCUUUUCAUCUUACCCCUUAAGAUUGGCUAAAAUUGCAUUCACCCCUGAAGACUUCCGUAAAACAUGAGUUUACCCCUGAAGAAUUGGGUCAUACGCCUGAAGAAUUUGGGUUUACCCCUGAAGAAUUUUGUGAAAAUUAAGGUUUCACCCCCAAAGAAUUCCAUAUUUGUUUACUCUAUAUCUACCCCUAAAGAAAUCCUCAAUUUUUAUAACUUACCCCUGGAGAAUUCCAUGGUUCCUCAACCGGGGGGGUGCGGAUAUUAAAUGCAAUAGCCCAUAGUUAGAAAUUUUUCGAUUUUCAAUAUGAAAAAAUUAUUUUCAAUUGUCAGCCCUCCCACUUUUCACCUUGCUCCGCGGUCCCUGUCGAGAAGUAUUUUAUAUACCGACAUUCGUGAGUGAUAAGUAAAAUACUCGGCCGAUUAAACGUUUCGAGGUAAGUGAUAUCGUUCCCCAAGAUCAGCAGUCGACUGUGUAGUGAUUCUACGCCUUCCUCAAAAACGAUCAUUGCGACAUUUGCAACUUUUUCCUCAAGACAAGCUGAUCUCGAAAAGCACCUUUGGUAGCCUGCGAGCAAGCUCUCCUAUUUGCGUGAGCGAAGCAAGCCGCACGAGAACGCGCGAGCGUCUCUUCUCGCGUGCCUCUGGCGCGUCUGCUUUUCACGAUAUCUCAAAAUGGAGAGCUUACUCGCAGGCUACACCUUUGGGUGCCAUAUGACCAGCUGAAAUAAGGGUUCUUUCUCAUUCUUUAGAAGUGACGUAAAAUGACCAAAGAAAGGCCCUUGAAACGAGGUUGAGGGACUACAGACCGGAGAUUAUGGCUCCUAAUGGGAAGGUUUUAUCCCUGUCCCAGGCUCCCUCUUAUACCUGUUGAUGUUAAUUUUAUAUUUAGGACUGGGACCAAAUCCGCAUGCUUUCGAAUGAACUGAUGGAACUUGCUAUGGCAGAGUAUGAUGGACCAAUAGUAGACGACACUGUUACGGAAGAACAAUGGGAACAAAAUACAAUUGGUAACGCUAAAGAAGAAGACGCACACAUUGAGCUUUGAGAGCCGAAUUAAUCGCUAGAAUUUUUUUUUACUCUGAUUGGACAGUAAUUAUGGUUCAGGUCAUUUGAGUGGCCUAGUCGACAAAACUCUUAGAUAAAAGUUUUUUUUUUUUUUCGUUUGUAAAAUUUAAUGACACAAAGUGUACCCGAGUCAACAUUUAUCCGCGGAAGCACGGUGUAAAUAUUUUGUAAUUAAA